UCCUCCCUGCACACACGGGGUGAUGCUCCCCACAGCUCUAACCAUGCAGUGACCGGCCCCUUGGCUUGGCUGGCAGCAGCUCAUCGCUUCUGAGAAACUUCGCCAUCCCUCAGCGGUGCAGCGAAAAGAUGUGGACAAGCCCCAUGGAGCUCAAGUGCCUUUUGAUGUGGCUCUUGUUUGGAUUCAUCAAGGGGAACAAGCGAGAAAAUUGCCCAGAUCCUCCAACGAGGGAAUUUGCUGAUGUCGGUGCUGAAGCUUAUGUGCCAGGGACGAAGCUGUACUAUGCAUGUGACAGUGGCUAUGACAGAAAAAGUGGCCAUCACCCAGGAAUUCAGUGUAACAGUGGACAGCAGGGUGCCUCUUGGGACUACAGUGGAUUUGAAUGCAUUGAUAAGAAGACUUUGCUGUCGACGGGUCCCACAGAGGAGUUACAUUUUACACAGAAGCCAGAAAGUAAAGCACAAAGUCCUGCACCCCAAAAGCAAGAAGACUUUUCAGAGUCUGAUCAGAAAGAUUUUUGUGGUCCCCCCCCGCCUGUUCCACACGCCUCCAUAAGACCGAAGAAACCCUAUUACCUGGGACAAGUGCUACAUUUCAAAUGCCAGAGUGGUUAUGAUAAGCUGCCCCCCACCUCUGGCACCAGCACGUGCAAGAAGGUGAACAGCAGCAUCGUCUGGACCCCCCUUGACCUGCAAUGCACCAACGACAGCAUCGUGUGGCCACCACAGACCACUGAGCCAGAUCCCUCUGUUUCCAAGUGGUGA